CCAGAUAGCGGUGGCUGUGCUCGCAAACGUGCUGCAAUGUCUGUCACAUUAACAGCUGUGAAGAGAGUUCAAAGUUCUCCAAACCUAUUGGCUGCAGGACCUGAUUCUCAGUCUCCAGAUUCAGCUUGGACAUCUUACAAUGAUGGAGGUAGAGAGACAUUGAAUGGAGACGCUAGUAGUUCAUCUCUUGCAGCAAAAGGCUUUAGAAGUGUCCGGCCAAACCUACAAGAAAAGAAGUCGCCAACUCAGGCCCAGAUAACAGUGAAUGGGAACUCUGGCACUGCUGCCAGUCCAAUGAGUCACUUUCAAAGGCCUUUUUCCCCUUCUUCAGCUUACUCUCCACCAGCUUCACUCAAUUCAAACAUUAUCAUGCAGCAUGGCAGGAAGAUGGACUCCACAGAGACAUACUCACAGUAUGGUCAGUCUGUUGGCAGCAGCACCACUCCCAGUACAAUACCAAUCUGUAGAUCUUCAGAGGAAGAGAAGAAAGUCACAGUCAUUAGAGCACCACAUUAUGCAGGGAUUGGCCCGGUAGAUGAAUCUGGAAUCCCAACAGCAAUUAGAACGACAGUUGACCGGCCAAAGGAUUGGUAUAAGACAAUGUUCAAGCAAAUCCAUAUGGUUCACAAGCCUGAUGACGGCACAGACAUGUAUAAUGCUGCAUAUGCAUAUAAUGCUGGUAGUUACAGCCCAUCCCUCCCCGCUCAGUCACACCCUGCUGCAAAGACACAGACAUACAGACCAUUGUCUAAAAGCAUUUCUGACAAUGGCACUGAUGCCUUUAAGGUCUCUUCCCCGAUACCUCCUCCACAUGUACCACCUCCAGUCCCACCGCUUCGUCCAAGAGAGAGGUCUACACCCGAAAAAAAUGACUGGGAUCCUCCUGACAGAAAAGUAGAUACCCGCAAAUUCCGUUCUGAACCAAGAAGUAUUUUUGAAUACGAGCCGGGGAAAUCAUCAAUUCUUGAACAUGAAAGACCGACCUCCUUAUAUCACCCUUCUCCAGACAAAGGCCUGGACAGACCUUCUAGUUCUGCAAGUGACUACAGAAAAAGGAGGAAGUCGGAGCCUGCUGUAAGUCAUCAGAGGGUGCACAGUGAUCAAAAUGCAAACAGGACUAGCCUGGGCCAUGCAGAUAUGCAGGGCACAUACACUACCCUUAGAAAGCCUUUAACUAGCUCUUCUCCUUCUUCUCCAUCAAGAGCAAAAGGUGGAGAUAUUAGCCAAGUGUAUCCAUCCCUUUUCAGUUAUUCAGUGCACAACCACAACACUUCAAAUGAAUUAGAUUAUUGUAGCUCUUAUAGACAGCAUUUGGCUGUUCCAAGUGAUUCAAGAAGGGCAAUCCAUUAUAAGAAUGGCUGGCAAAUGACUCGUCAGAAUGCAGAAGUCUGGAGCAGCACAGAAGAAACUGCCUCUCCCAAGCGGAAAUCUCGUAGCUGCGAUGAUCUGUUAACUGAUGAUCACGAUAGCUUUCCUGAUGCACAGGCCAAGUCUGAAAGUAUGGUAUCUCUCAUUUGCGAGGAGGAUUCCAAAGGCAGUUGCUCAUUGACCUGGGCCUCCCCAUAUGUUCCUGAGAGCCGCGGUACUAGUCGGUCAAGAAUUCGUCAUAGAUCUGCACAUGAUACCCCAGGAUUCCUAAAAAUGUAUAAGAAGAUGCACCGCAUCAAUCGCAAGGACUUGAUGAAUUCUGAGGUGAUUUGUUCUGUAAAGUCCAGAAUAUUACAGUAUGAAAAAGAACAGCACAAAGGUAUGCUUCAGGGCUGGAGAGAGUCUUCUACUGAGGAGGUGCCCAGGGACAUGGUGCCUACCAGGAUAUCCGAAUUUGAAAAAUUAAUUCAAAAAUCAAAAUCAAUGCCGAAUUUAGGUGAUGAAGCAUUAUCAACAGUAACACUAGAGCCUCCUAAAAAUGGCUUAUGUUCAAAGCGGCGAUUUUCUAUUGAGUCCCUGCUGGAGGAGGAAAAUCAAGGUAGACAUGCCAUUCAAAUACAACGCAACUGCAAGCCUAAAACGCUGGUGCCAAUUCAUAUUGAAGUGACCAGUGAUGAACCACAAAGAUCGCAUCUGGAGUUUUCUGACAGUGAUCAAGAUGGAGUGGUCUCUGACCUCAGUGACUUUAUCCAGAUAGAAGGCUCAUCCUUUUGUAGUGAAAGUGACUUUGACCACUUUUCCUUUACGUCUUCUGAGAGUUUUUAUGGAUCAGGCCACCAUCACCAUCAUCACCACCAUCACCACCACCACCACAAGCAUCUCAUCAGCUCCUGCAAGGGGCGAUGCCCAGCAUCCUACACCCGCUUCACCACCAUGUUAAAGCAUGAAAGGGCUAAACAGGAAAGUACUGAAGAUCCAAGGAGACAAGAAGCAGAAUCUGGUCUCUCUAAGAUAGCAUUCCUAGUCAGUCCAGUGCCUUUCCGGAGGAAAAAAAGUUCAGCCCCUAAAAAACAGACUGAGAAGACUAAAUGCAAAUCAUCUGUGUUCGACGCACUAGAUUCUGCUCUUAAAGAUAUCUGUGACCAAAUUAAAGCAGAAAAGAGAAGGGGAAGCUUGCCUGACAACAGUAUAUUACAUAGACUUAUUACUGAAUUGCUUCCAGACAUACCCGAAAGGAAUUCAUCUCUUAAAGCUCUUAGAAAAAGUCCCAUGCACCAGCCUUUUCAUCCACUGCCUCAAGAUGGUGCCAUUCAUUGUCCACUGUACCAAAAUGAUUGUGGAAGACUACCUCUUAGUGCCUCUUUUCAAGACAUGGAUACAACCAACAACAACAAGCAAGACAAUGAUAGUGCACUGUUAGACCAGGAGUCUCCUGGGAGCUAUUCUUCUGCUUUGACUGAUGUGGGUCGAUGUACUCCACGGGAGAGAAGAGGAAUUCCAGACAGAGAGAGGCUGCCAGCUCGAGCUGUAUAUGACUUUAAGGCUCAGACCUCUAAGGAACUGUCCUUUAAGAAAGGAGAUACUGUCUAUAUCCUCAGGAAAAUAGAUCAAAACUGGUAUGAGGGAGAACACUACGGAAGAGUUGGAAUUUUCCCAAUUUCUUAUGUUGAGAAACUUUCUCCCCCAGAAAAAGCACAGCCUGCCAGGCCACCUCCUCCAGCACAAGUUGGAGAGAUUGGAGAAGCUAUUGCCAAAUAUAAUUUCAGUGCAGACACAAAUGUGGAACUAUCAUUGAGAAAGGGAGACAGAGUAAUUCUUCUUAAGCGAGUUGAUCAAAACUGGUAUGAAGGUAAAAUACCAGGAACCAACAGACAAGGCAUCUUCCCUGUUUCCUAUGUAGAAGUCAUCAAAAAGAAUGCAUCAAAAGGUGCUGGUGACUACCCUGAUCCUCCAAUACCCCAAAGCUAUUCUAGUGAUAGAAUACACCAUUUAAGUUCAACUAAGCCACAGCGCCCUGUGUUUGCUCAUGAAAACAUACACAGUGGGGGGGAACCGUUUCAGGCUCUAUAUAACUAUACUCCUAGGAACGAAGAUGAACUGGAGCUCAGAGAGGGAGAUAUCAUUGAUGUGAUGGAAAAGUGUGAUGAUGGAUGGUUUGUGGGAACCUCAAGAAGAACCAAAUUCUUUGGUACUUUCCCUGGAAACUAUGUCAAGAGGCUGUGA